AUGAGUCUUGCUUCGUUAGCAAAUGAUCCUGAAUUACAAAAAUUCGUUGCUGAAAAAGAACUUGAAAAUCAAUUGACUGCUCAAGUUCAUCAUUUAACGAACGUAUGUUUUGAUAAAUGUCUCGAAUCAAAUGGUAACUUGAGUGAACUUUCAAGUCGACAUACAACAUGUUUGCAAAACUGUGUCGAUCGAUUUCUUGAUUGUACGACGUUAAUCACGAAUCGAACAAUUCAACAAGAAAAAAAGGCCAUAUAUUUAUCGUUAUCAAUGGCAUUUCGUGGUUUAACACGUGGUCUAUUUCAACUUGUGACACAUCGACGAUUGUACUCAUCGAUUUCAACACAAGUUUUUGCUCGAAAACCAAUCGUAACUAAUCAAAGAUUUCUUCCAUAUCGAUCCUUUUCGUCCGUGCAAACCAAUGAGGAUGCUUAUCAAGAUUUGAAUCGUUUCUUGGAUAAAGAAAUCCAAUUGGAGAAAAGUGCACAAAAACAUCCCAGCACAUUGCCAACAAUUCAAGGUUUUCAAGUACAAAGCAAUGGUCCGGAAGUAACGUUAACUCGGCAGUCAGGAAAUGAUAAAGUGACGGUGAAAUUCAAUGUGACAAACACUGUCAAUGCCAUGGAUUCCGAUCAAGAUGCUGGUUUAGAUGCUGCCGGUCAACAAAAAUUCGGUGAUGAAACAGCUACACAACCAUCAUCACAGUUGAAAUCUCGACCAACAUUUAAUGUUGAUAUCAGUCGUGGUGGACAAACAUUAUCAUUCUUGUGUUCCUAUUUGCCACAAGAUUAUCCUCAUGCGCCAGAACUCGGCCAAGUCGGAGAGAACGAACAUCAACGUGGAGGACGUAGCGAUCAGGAAGAUCAAUUAGAAGAUUUUCAAAUUGAUGAAUUUGCUAUUCAUGAAGGAGAAUGGACAGAAAAAGUUUACAGCGCUGAUUGUGCUGUUAUUGAUGGCGAACUUUAUGAUAAAUUACUCAAUAUCUUAGAAGAACACGGUAUUGGUGAAGAAUAUAAACAGAAAUCUUCUUAUCAUCAUGUCAAUCACCUUCUUCUCUCUCUGUGCUAUACUUUGCAUAUCAGCAAUUUCAGCAGCAUUACGUGGUCAAAAUAUCCAGGCGAUCGUUUAGAACGUACUUUGUUCACCGUCGAACGUCAACAAGAAUAUUUUGCUAACGAACAAAGAGCGAAGGUAGACACGAUGGUGGUACGCGCAACAAUCGAAGAAAUUCGUUGUGGAGAUUUAGUGCUCAAAGCUCCAUUAGGCGUAACAAAACCAUUCGUUACAUGGAGAUUUGCUAUUCGACAAAAUGCAAUCGUUCCUGUUGGACCAGUUGAAUAA